AUGCCACACCCCAUGUGUGUUUGCUGCUCCCACUUCCUGCUGGGCCACCUGUGACCAGCUGGGCCAUGAUGGCAAUAAUUUCACAGCACUGCUAAUCAUAAAAGGACAGUUAUGAUAAUGGCCACGCCCACUGAUUGGGACAAUUCCAUGUGCAUCAUCUCAAGAGUUCUCCACAUGCCUCGGAAGAGGCUCAGAGCAGCGGACGGCGCACACAAGCUCACCCGGCCAGGAAGUGGUCAGGACAGAUGUCAGCCCAGCCCUGAGCAACCCCCGGAGCCCGUGCUCCUGUGGUGGGCCGCCCCGCCCCCAUCCUGCCUUUCCCAAGUUAUCUGGUCCAGUCUAGUCUAGACUGCUGGGGGAGGGCUGGGGCUCCUUCUCCCCUGCCUGGCCCCUAGCAGGCAUGGGUUUCAUCCUGGUCUUGUUCAAUCCACAGGCAUGGAAGAAGGAGCAUGAACACCGUCUACGUCUUCAUCCUCAUCCCUAUAGCCAGGCGUGUGCAUGCCGGGCAUGUCUCGGGGCUUCUCAAACCCCUACUCAGCUCUAGGAGGCAGCUCCAUUGCUGUAGCUCUUUAUAGAGGAGGAGACUGAGGCUCAGAGAGGCCCCCAGCUUGUGAGAGGAGGGUCUGAGUAGGUGUCCUUGACUCCAAAGCCUGUGUUCAUCACCACUCCCCAGGGGGCUGCUUGGAUUUGGAGGCCUCUGCCUGGUGGGACCCCACCAGGGGCCCUGGGAGCAGCGCCUCUGGGUGGGUUCAGCAGCUCCUAGUGAGUCUGGCCCCCUCUGCAGGUGGCCACAGGGUGGGGUGAGACCAGGAGUUCUGCCCAGUCCCCACCCUCACCUUUCACAACCCAGCAGAUGGUGCCAUGGAGCAGGAAGGGUGAGAAAGAGGCCACAGGAAGCAGCGGCAGUGUCACUGGCCAGUGUGGAGGGGGUGGGGCGCCUGCUCAGCACAGCCUGGGACAGAGGGACGCACAGCCACAGGGCUCUGACCAGCGUGAGCCUGGCCAAGGAUGGUGACACAGAGGGCCUUGGGAGUCCGGCUUCUCCUGCUCGCCUUGCUCUUGGUCUCAGGUGAGGAAGAAUCUAAGACCAGUCUUGAGCAGCCAAGAAACGUCUGCCUGGGGCUCAUCAAUAAGGACCAGUAUGAACCCUUCUACCUUGAGAACACUGCUCAGUGCUUCACAAAGUGUGGGCAGCGGGAGAGUGAACCCUGUGAUCUGGGAAACUUGCAGCGAUACUGGCUGAAAUAUGAGACCUAUCUGGUGGAGAAGACUCUGGUAGAGACCGUGAAUAUGUCUUUUAUGAAGGCUUUUGUCAAGAAUGUCAACACCAGCAUCUCAGAAGACCUGUACUUCUCUCUGACCCCCUCUCAGAUUCCCAGACAGGUGGCAGUGGAUGAAGACGAGCACUCUGACAGAGUCCGGCUGCCCAGGAGCCUUUUUGAGACCUUGCAGGGCAACCAGUCAGUGAUCCGGCUGGCUGUAAUGGUCCUGGACAUUGGUCGUGGGAACCUAUUCAAGGGCCCUCAGUUCAGCCAGGAGGAUGGCCACAGUGUGUUGAACAAUCACCUGGUGGGCUUGAGUCUGGGUGGUACACCUGUCACCAGGCUGGCCGAGCCUCUGCAGAUGACCUUCUUCCACCAGCUUCAGCCUCCCAACGUGACUCUCAGCUGUGUGUUCUGGGACGUAACUAAAGGAUCUACAGGAGACUGGUCUUCCAAGGGCUGCUCCACGGAGCUCAGAGCCACAGGAACUGUCUGCCGCUGUGACCACCUGACCUUCUUUGCCCUGCUGAUGAGGCCGAUCUUGGACCAGGCCACCGUGAAGGCCCUCAUUCGCAUUUCCCAGGCUGGCUGUGGAGCCUCCAUGAUCUUCCUGGCCUUCACCGUUGUCCUCUAUGCCAUCCUGAGGUUUUCCCGGCAGAGGUUCAAGUCAGAAGAUGCCCCCAAGAUUCAUGUGGCCCUGAGCAUUAGCUUGUUUCUCCUGAACCUGGCCUUCUUCAUCAAUGUGGGGCAGGGCUCAAACUGGUCCGAUGCUACCUGCUGGGCCCGGGGGGCCGUCUUCCACUACUUCCUGCUAUGUGUCUUCACCUGGAUGGGCCUAGAAGCCUUCCACCUUUACCUGCUCAUCAUCAAGGUCUUUAACACCUACUUCGGGCACUACUUCCUGAAGCUGAGCCUCGUGGGUUGGGGCCUGCCUGCCCUAAUGGUCAUUGGCACUGGGAGUGCCAACAGCUACGGCCGCUACGCCAUCCGUGACAAGAAGAACAUUACCACGCUGGAGCUGUGCUGGUUCCGUGAGAAGACUGCCGUCUCUGCCCUCUAUGUCACCGUCCAUGGCUACUUCCUCAUCACCUUUCUCUUCAAUGCCGUGGUCCUGGGCCUGGUAGCCUGGAACAUCUGCACUCUGUCAAGCUCCACUGCGGGCAAGGAGCAGGGGCAGAACUGGAAGGGGGUCUUCACCAUGCUGGGCCUCUCCUGCCUGGUGUCUUCAUCUUCUGCUGGUUUGCUGGGCUCUACUUCCCUAGCCGGAGCGCCGUGUCCUCCUCUUCUGGCACUGUCCGAGCUGACCAGGCACACACUGUGUCUCGUGAAUAGGGGGCUGCCAUGUGGCCAGGCAGGGGCCAGCCCCACACUCUGGUCAGUUCUGACUUGCUGCGUGACCUCAGGUGGCUCCCUGCCUCCCUCUGGCUUUCCCUGGCUGUACAAUGUGUCUGGGGAAGGAGGAGAUGGAGACCAAGUUAGACCAUCUGGCCUCAAAGAGCUCAUCCAGAUGCAUCGAUGGGUCCAACAGUCCACACAAAUCCAGGAUUGCAGGAGUCUAAAGUUCCUGUAAUCCUGAGAUCCCCACCAGCACACAGCGAUGCCCUGACCCCUGCCUUCACAGCACAGCAGCCAGCCUCUGCCGUUGCCCACCUUCUGGUCUCACUAAGGGCCUGUGCCCACAUAGUGGAGUUUCUUGCUGGCUCAGCCCCUUAAAGAACCACAGCCUCUUCCUUCCUCCCUCUUGUCACUGCCCUGCCCCAGCCUCACCCUCGGGCUGCCUGUAUGUGAGGGGCAUUUGGGAGGUGGCCAUCCCUUCAGGUGCUGGGCAGCUGUGGACUGGAGGUUUGUUUGGGGGUCAGUUGGUUGGUGCCCCCAGCCAACCUUCUCCUGGUCUUGGCCAGUCCCCGAAGAGCCUAUCUUUACCGAAGAGCACUUAUUCAGGGGGCUGCCAGACCUCCAGGUAUCUGGGGACACUGAAUUUCAGAGAAUGCCACUAUGCUUGUGAUACCUCAUGCAAGGCCUCCAGCCCCACUCUGACUGCCACAUGGGUGGCCCGACCUCUGAUCUGCUGUCAUGGUGGGGUGGAGGGCAAAUGGUCCAGGGCUCUGCACACCAGAGGGCCCAGGGCCCAGGGCAGUGGAGAGGACUUUGCUGACCAGAGACAAGGUGGGUGAUUCCCCCAGAAUCUGAGGUCCUAUAGACUGGGCACUUCGACAGCUUCUCUGGCUGGUUCAGCCCGGCCUGAGCCUGGUGUGUUCCAGGCCCUGAAUAAACAUUGCGGGAUGAAUAGCUAGAUGUGUGAGUUUGGCACCGGCCUAACAGGGCUCUGAGUCAAGGGCGUGUCUGAGGCCUGACCAAGCAUGGGUAUGUCACCUCCUGAGCCUGGACCUUCAUUUCACAACCGUGUGCUGGUUUCCUCAGUAGUAAACAAAAAGAGACAGAAAUAAUAGAUAGGGAGAGACAGACCGAGUGAGAGGAUUAACUAACAGAGAGACUGGUAAACUAACACAAAGAAAACAGAGAGAAGGGGACAAAUGCAGAAAGGCAGCAGCCCCCCUGGCCUGCCCCCAGAGCAAUGGUGUCUGUCCCCCUCUCUGGAGCCCCACCCUACACCAGCACGCUACUCCAGCCUUAACCUACUAACCAUGGGGAAAUCUCACCAUCCCGACUCAACCCCACCCUUUCCAGUGUGCUUUGCUGACAGUCAAGCACUAGUGCAGGUGAGAAACUAUCAUUACUGGACCCUCCCCCACAGCCCCUGGGCUGCCCGCCCACAUCCUCCUCCCAGAUCCAUGUCCUAACACACACUACAGAGGCUGCCCCUGCUUCUCCCUCAUCCUGACCAGCAAACAUGAAAGACAGGAAGGCCAGGGCUCUGGUAUGCAAAGUGCUGUGUUCCUGGAAGGGAAAUUCUAGGGUGUGGACAUUGCAUCAGUUGAGCCACAUUAUCAGUAUUUGUGGACAGACUUGCUGAGUUUUUGAGCUUGUCUUCACAAACAUCUGUUUCUCACGCUGAAGGUCUUGGUUCCCUUACCACAAAGUCUCAGAGUUACCAACCUGUGCCCAGAAAGAAAGGCUGAUUCAGGGUCUGGCAGGUCUGGGUUCAAAUCCUGGCUCUUCUACUUAGGGGCUGUGAACCCUGGGCAUGUCACUGCACCUCUCUGAGCCCUAGGUUUCCCCUCUGUAAGAUGGGAAUCAUCAAGUCCUUGUCUUAUGCUGAGAGCACUGAGGUGACAGAGGUAAAGUGCCUGGCACUGCCUCAGCAGGGGGGCUCCCCAAGACACCACCCUCCCCUAAACACCAGGCUUGAAGAAAAAUCCGGUGGAAUCUUUGUGUAAAGCCUAACGCUCUGCAACCUGUAUGUAAAAUAGGAGGGGUGUGAAGGUUAAAGCUUCCAGAUUCCUUCAACAGCUCUGCCCAGUGUAGGGAAGAGGAAGUGGAGUCCCGGGGAGUCCCAGCAACCUGCCCAAGGCCAGUCUGCAAGCCGGGCUUACACAGGGCUGGGGCCUCCCUGGGUUGCCAAUGCUUCCUCCCAAAGCAUUUUCUGCGUUCGAGAACUGUCACUUCAUCCCUAACCCCCAAGUCUCAAGGGAAACCCUAGACUCUGGCUUUCCUGGUCAUGCUCAGUGGGGAGUGGGUUCAACAAAACUGCAAGCCCCGGAUGGGCUGGGUUUCCUGGUGCAGACAGAGAGGGCAGAACUGGAGAUGUGGCUAAUGAUGGCGGGGAUGGGUUCCUUUUCCGGCUGGCUCUCUACCACAGGGCCAGGCAGGGGCAGAGGGGGUGAGGUCCCUCAUUACCGGGCGUCACCGCAAAAUCGGGUCCGAGAGCCAAAACGAGCACAUGCUAAGGCCAGGUGGGGACAUGGCAAAAAUACCCCCCAAAGCCCGGCGCAGGGGGCGCAGGUGAACAGUCCUUGUCAUCACAUCUUCACAACAGCGACCUGGGAGGUGGACAGCACCAUGGUUAUGAGCACGAACUCACAGGUCAGCCUGUCUGGACCAAAUUCUACCUUGGGCCCAUUCCUCACCUACGGAACCUGUAAAGCAGGGAAAGCAGUGUCUGCCCCACAGGGCUGAUGAAGGCUCAGAAGAGUUACUGGCUGACAGGGUAGCCCCGCGCCUGGCCCACCUGGCCUGGUGUGUUUGUGACUAAGCCGGAGCUUUGCCUCGGCCACCACGCUAUUAGGCCCUGGGCUGCAGUAUGCAGGAGGACCCCCACCAUGCCUCAUGCCUGGUUCUUUCUGUUCUGCCCCAAUUCCUUCUUUCUUUGUAUAUUUCAUUACAAUAUACCAAAUACAUAGGAAAUAAGAAGACUUAUUUGCUCUGUGCUCCCAGAUAAUUCAAUAUCAAAGGAUAAACAUUCUCACCAAUUAAUCUAUGAAUACAAUCCAAUUCCAAUAAGAUUCCAAAUGAUUUCUUUAGGCUUUCCAAAAACAUAUUCUAAAAUUUAUACGGAGGCCUCAAAUAGCCAAGUCAAUCUUAAUAAAAUAGGGCGUACAAGGAUGAGUUGACCUGUAGAUAUAAAGAUAUUAUAAAGCCAUAGAGGUAAAUCCGACUUGGGGUCUGUGCAGGGACAGGAGUGAAGGCCAGUGAAACAGAACAGAGGGCUCAGUGGCCGACUUAUGUACACCCGGAGGCCUUAAUACAUGACAAGAUGGGUGGUGUGAUGAUGGUGUUCGAAAAUUGGCUCAUUAUGUGAAGAAAAAUAAAACAGGAUCUUUGCCUAACUCCUCAUACAGAGAUGGGCUCCAGGCAGAGUAAGGUUCUGGGACGGUAGAAUGAUAAAGUUAAUGUAGGAAAAUACUUUUGUGACCUAAGGGUUAGGAAGGACUUCUCAAAAAUUCAUAAGCACAAACACAUUAGACUAAAACCUGGUAAAUUAAAUUACAUCAAAAUUAAGGUUUUCUGUUUAAUGAAGGACACCCCAGGGCAAUGUUGGCAGACAGAAUUGGGGUAAACAGAAUUGGGGGAGUCAUUUGCAAUAUCCAAAACCAGGAAUUCACAUCCAGAAGUCCUGUAGAUCAAAACAAGGACACUUCUCCAAUAGAGAAAAAUGGGCUGAGAUUUUAAAAGACAAUUUCAGAGGAGGAAACAGCUAAAACUAACAAUUAGCACAUAAAGACACCUUUAACAUCAUUAGU